AUGCCCUCCAAAUACCUCUCAAAACUGCACGAUAAGUCCGUCCUCAUCGUAGGCGGUUCAUCCGGCAUAGGAUACGGCAUCGCGGAAGCGUGUCUGGAAUUCGGUGCCAAGGUCGUCAUUGCCUCGCGCUCCGCGGACAAGGUCUCCUCCGCCGUGUCGACUCUCAAGGCCUCGUACCCGGAGCAUGCGGCAAACAUCCGCGGACACACGGUGGACUUGAACAGUGCCCAAACGAACUUCGAAGAACAGCUCGUCGCCCUCUUCGACUUCGCCACGGACAAUGGCACGAAGAAGCUCGACCACGUCGUCGAAACCGCCGGCGAUCUCGGGCUCGCCGGAAAAUUGGGCCUCGACAUCAUUACGCCGGAGCUGAUGACCCAGGCGAGCUCCGUGCGUCUGGUCGGCGUCAUAAUGCUCGCCAAGGUUGCGAACAAGUACCUGAACAAGGCGUCCACGAGCUCCUUCACCAUGACCAGCGGUGCUCUCAUCUACAAGCCACGCCCCGGAUUCGGCCCCUUCAUCGGCGCCAGUGGCGGCAAAGAGGCCCUGACACGCGGACUGGCGUUGGAUAUGGCCCCCAUCCGCGUCAAUCUGGUGAGUCCCGGCGCGAUUGAGACCGAGUUGUUGUAUUCCAGUAUACCACAGGGGAUGGAGAGGCAGCAGUUCGCCGAGAUGUACAAGAAGACGAAUUUGCUGGGGAAGAUUGGGAGUGUUGAGGACGUGGUAGAGAGUUAUUUGAGCCUGAUGAAGAAUAGCUUUCAGACCGGAACCGUGGUGCAUUCUGAAGGAGGAUACCUUUUGAUCUAG